AUGUCAGAACGCAGUCGACGCGAAAAGAAGUCGAAACUCGACAAAAUCGCGGAAUAUAAGCGAGCUCGAGAGGGAGGAGGACACAUCAAGAAGGAUGAAGAAGAUGUGGGUCUGUACGACGAAGUGACUGAAGAGCAGUACCGCUCCAUUGUUGGUGCAAGAUUGCAGCAAGAUGACUUUGUAGAGGAUGACGGAGUUGGUGGGUAUACGGAUAACGGCAUUGAAGAAGAUUGGGGUGGUCAAAACGAUGAGGAUAUGGAUUCAGAAGAAGAAGCUCCAAGGAGAAAGUCGAGUAAAAGCACGAAAUCCAAACCCAAGCCACCGCCAAAACCCAAGCCGACCAUGAGUGCAUAUCGGCCAGUCAUCUCCAGCGAACAAGAAACGGAUUUCAUGGCGUCCUUAAUGGGGGAGCUGGAAUCCGUUCCUGUGGCCCCUUCGAUUAAACCUCGGAAGCGGAAACCUUCUCCUUCGUCCUAUAGAAGUCCACGCUCUUUUAUGGAUACCUCGUCAGACGGACCGAUGGAUAACUUGUCCAGCGACGACUAUUCGUUCAGUCCACAGAAGAAAGCCAGGACAAGUGAUGGCACUAUGACUCCUGCAGCCGAACGGUUUUCCAACCUCGACGUUCAGAGUGGAUCCGACGAUUUCGACAUUUCCACCUUCAAUGAUAUCAACAUGGAGUCGUUUGAUGAUUUUGACGACGAAGACUUAAUGCUGGUUGAUGAGAAACCUGCUGUCAAGAAAGAAGAGAUCAAGAAAGAGGAGGUCAAGUUGGAGGAACUAGCUGCACCAGCAUGGCUCUCGGUCUACGACGCUCUUGCGGUCAGUGCACCAGACGACCCACUUGUGGCCUCUUCCUCGUCUCAUUCAACCUCGUCUGUGUCUGCCCUUGAGCCUGAUGGUUCCCUCAACUUCUUUUGGCUGGAAUACCUCGAGAACGAUGGUCGGCUGUACCUUGUGGGCAAGCUGAAAGACAAAGUCACCAAGGCCUGGAUAUCAUGCUGCGUGACGAUUGAAGGCCUUGAACGCAAUGUGUUCAUGCUUCCCAGAACAAAACCAGAUGAAUUUGGCGAGAUCCCUACGAUUCUCGACGUUGCUGCAGAUGCUGAAAUGCUCCGGAAGAAAACGGGCAUUUCUGGGUGGAAAUCGAAACCAGUCCGACGUAAAUAUGCUUUUGGCGAGCCUGAUGUACCUCGAGAAGAAGCUCAAUGGCUCAAAGUUGUUUAUGGAUACAGGGAGCCCCAAUUGCCGAUGACCGAUGCUAAUCCAACUCCUAAUAUCGCUCGAAUCUUUGGCGCUAAUACCAGUGCCUUUGAAAUAUUCGUUCUCAAGAGAAAAAUUAUGGGGCCCUGUUGGUUGAAAGUCAAGAAUCCCAGGGUUGAGAAUCAAAGUAUUUCGUGGUGCAAAUUAGAAGUGACGGCAUUACAACCCAAGGACAUUAGCACCCUCACCUACGAUGACCAUCAAGAUGUACCGCCGCUGACUGUGACAAGUCUCAGUGUUCGGACUGUUGUUAAUCACCAUGAAAAUCAACGAGAGAUUGUUUGCGUCACCGCCAGAACAUGGCAUAACAUGCUUAUCGACGACCCAAGGCCUCCGGAGCUGAUUCCAUGCACUUCACAAACAUUUGUACGACCGCUGGAGCAGUUCCCUAAGGGUUUCGAGGCUCAAGCGAAGGCAAACAGCAAGGAAGCAAUCAGUCCUAUGAAAAACGAGCGCAUGUUGCUCAACGGACUGAUGACUGCUCUUUAUAGGGCAGAUUCCGACGUCAUUGUUGGUCAUGACUUCCUAGGUAUAUCACUCGAUGUGUUAUUACAUCGUAUGAAAGCGCUCAAGGUCGACCACUGGUCGCGGAUUGGUCGCUUCCGACGUUCGAAAUGGCCUUCGAUCGGGAGGCAGGGAACGAACCUCAGGUUUCUUGCUGGGCGGAUGCUGUGUGAUCUUGCUAGCGAUGGAGCCAAGUCGAUGAUAACAUCAACAACAUGGUCUUUAACAGAAAUGUGCAAGACCCAUCUCGAGUUAACGCGGCAAGACAUUGAUCCUGACUCAACAGCAGGAUACUUCGACGGCUCAGUCAGCUCCCCAGAACGACUCCUCAACUUUGUACGGCAUUGCGGCAUGGAUUCCCAUUACUAUAUGGCAAUCGCAUCCAAGGUCCAGAUUCUGGCGUUGACUAAACAACUCACGAAUCUCGCUGGCAACUCAUGGAACAAAACACUGAACGGCGGUCGUGCAGAGAGAAACGAAUACAUUCUUCUUCAUGAAUUCCAUCGACUCAAAUAUAUUUGCCCCGACAAAACAUGGGGCAAAAAGACCAAACCUGAACCCCUUGAACAGGACGACGAUGAAGGCGGUGGCAAGUCGACAAAGAAGAAGCGCGACAAGUACAAGGGUGGUCUCGUCUUCGAACCGAAACGCGGGCUUUGGGACAAAUAUGUUCUCGUCAUGGACUUCAACUCGCUCUAUCCUAGUAUUAUCCAAGAGUUCAAUAUUGAUUUCACGACAGUAGAGGUCGAAGAACAAUUCAACGAGCAAGGCGAAGAGCAGAUUCCUGAGCCACCGGUUGGCGGCGAAAUGGGUGUCCUACCGCGUCUCAUCGCCAACCUUGUUCAGCGACGUCGGCUGGUGAAAGGAACCAUGAAGAACCGGUCAACGCCUAUGGCCAAAUUGAAAGAGCUGGACAUUCAACAGCAAGCUCUCAAGCUGACAGCCAACAGUAUGUAUGGCUGUCUCGGCUUCGAAUACUCUCGCUUCUAUGCCCGACCCCUCGCUGCCCUUACGACCUUCAAAGGCCGCGAAAUUUUGACGCAAACCCGAGCACUAGCAGAGAACAUGGGACUUGAUGUGGUCUAUGGCGAUACAGACUCAGUUUUUGUGAACACCAAUGUUGUUGAGCUAGAUCAGGCGAUGAAGAUCUCAGGAAACUUCAAGAAAGCCGUCAACGAGCAAUAUAAGCUUCUUGAAAUCGAUCUAGACGGGAUUUUCAAGCGCCUUUUGUUGCUGCAAAAGAAGAAAUAUGCAGCUCUCAAGGUCGAAGAUGGAGCCAAAACGUCAACAGAAGUCAAAGGUCUGGACAUGAAGCGUCGCGAGUACUGUAACUUGUCCAAGGACACUUCUCAAUACGUGCUCGAUCAAAUUCUCUCCGGAGACCCAGCCGAGGAAGUCUUGCAGAACAUCCACGAUCACCUCACAGAGCUGGGUCAGAAGGUACGAGAAGGGAGGGUAUCGCUCGACAAAUUCCUGAUUUGGAAGCGACUGGGCAAGAAUCCUGAAGACUACCCCGAUGCGAAGUCUCAGCCGCAUGUUCAAGUCGCGUUGCGAAUGAAGGCGCGAGGCGGCACGGCGAAACUAGGAGAUGUCAUUCCUUAUCUCUUUUGUCUGCCAGACGGGGAACAGACGGCCAAGACAGCGCAAGCUGAUCGUGCUCAGCACCCAGAAGAGUUCAGGAAACCAGAUUCUGGACUCAAAAUAGAUCUCGAGUAUUAUCUCGGCCAUCAAGUCCUCCCGCCCAUCGAGCGACUGUGCGAUCCGAUUGAGGGCACUGACCGUGCCCGAUUAGCAGAGUGUCUAGGGUUGGACCCUCAACGAUACCGAACAUCAACAUCAACUUCCUCGGAGGAGCACAACUUUUUAAGCCUUGAUGCUCGUGUCACAGACAGCGAACGCUUCAAAGAUGCCGAUCCUUUUGUGGUGCGAUGCAGGAAAUGCAAAGUCGAGAGUGACUUCGCGCCAAUCUACGACUCAGAGCGGACACUUAUUCAACCCAGUGGCCCAACCUGUAGCUCUUGCAAACAGCCUAUAAGCGCCGGGAGUCUUCAAACCCAGCUUGAAGUACAAGUCCGUGCUCAUAUCAACAAGUACUACGAGGGCUGGACAGUCUGCAACGACCUUUCGUGCGGCCACAGGACACGCAAGAUGGGUGUUUUUGGCAGACGGUGUCUUCAACGCAAGUGCAAGGGCAAGGUCGUUUACGAGUACUCGGACGCUCAGCUUUAUAACCAGCUUGGCUUCUACGCGUCGCUAUUUAGCGCAGAGAAGGCCUCGAAGAUGGCUGUUGGUGCUGCGAAUGCCGACCUCGUCAACGCAGUGAUAUCCAACAACUUUGCAUUCUUGCAGACCAUGACGACAUGUAUUGAGCGCUACCUCGACCAGUCUGCACGACGUUGGGUUGAACUGAGUGAAUUAUUCGGGUUCAUGCAGGUCAAGUCAUGA